AUGCAAAUUGUGGAAGCCAUUGCGCGGGUGUUGGCGUUCAGGACGCUGCCAACGACUGUUCUGACUAUCACGCUCUAUGCAGCGCUUUUUCUGGCCAUUCUUUAUACCGACGAGGUUCCCGCAGUCCCGAAAGACCAACGAGGCCUUAACCUGACAGAGGCAUAUGCGGACCUCCACCAUAUCACAGCCCACCCUCACCCAUUCCUCUCGCAUGCAAAUGACCAAGUGCAUUCUUUCGUGCUCGAACGCGUCACCAACAUCGCAAAACACUAUCCCCACGUUGAAGUGGUGGACGAUGUGUUUUCAAAUGCUUCAUGGCCAGCUUGGAGCGGCACCGGGGCGGUUGUGUACAACGAAGCAACAAACGUGCUCGUUAGGGUGGAAGGAAUAGACUCGACCAAGCCGGGGGUGCUUUUCUCGGCGCACUACGAUUCGGUUUCGACUGCGUCGGGAACCACGGACGACGGAAUGGGCGUCGCUACCUUAAUCCAGCUGGUGGAGUAUUUUGCCAAGAAUAGGCCCACCAGGACUGCAAUAUUCAACAUCAACAAUGGGGAGGAGGAUGGGCUCAAUGGGGCCUUUGUAUUUUUAAAACACCCGUGGGCAAACCUCACGGACUCGUUCUUAAAUUUGGAAGGAGCUGCUGCUGGAGGACGUCCUCUCCUCUUCCGGGGGACCUCAACUCCAGCCCUUCGGGCAUUCUACGUCCCUCAUCCCCACGGAAAUGUCCUUUCUGCCGACGCCUUUGCGCGUGGGGUCGUCCGUUCCGGCACAGACUAUACUGUCUACACUGGAUUUGGGAUGGACGGGCUUGACCUUGCGUUUUACAAAGGCCGAAGCAAGUACCACACCAAAUAUGACGCAAUACCGCAUACUCUGGGGCAAGAGGCGGCCUUGUGGGCCAUGAUGGAGUCGGCCCAAUCGUCUGGGUCAGCUUUGUUGAACAGCGACAAGACACACGGAGGCGGCGCCCCACCGGUAUAUUUUGAUUUAUUCGGCUCCUGGCUGGUGGUGAUGCCGCUGCAUUAUCUCUACAUCGCAAACAUCUUUCUCUUGGUCGUUGGCCCGUUAGUGUUGGUCGUUCUGGUUGUCGUUGAAGCGGCAAUCCUUCGUGGAGGAAGAGAAGCUCAGAACGGACAACCGCCCAGCGAUCAAGGCUUUUUCCGACGGGCGUGGACCACCUUCGUUUCAUUUGACUGGGUCAAGGGCGUGUGGAUAUGGGCCAAGUUCUGGGUUGGAGUUGCUGUUUCCAUAGCCUUGCAAGCAUUAUUGGUUGCCAUAUAUCUGCGAUUCAAUCCUUAUAUCGUAUACUCCCGUCCUUCUAUCGUGGUGGCCUCGUCGUUCACCCUUGCUUAUCUGUCGCUUGUGUUCGUCAUAACACCGGCUUCAAACCAUCUCCCAGAGAAGCAAAAACACGUCAUGCUUCUCCAGACUUACAUCCUAACCUGGAUUCUUCUUGUCCUAUCCACCGUUGCCGUCGACGCAGGAAUCGGUGGUGUUUAUUUCAUCACAGCGUGGAACGCCGCGAUAUGGUUGGCUUGCCUGAUUGGGUCCAUCGAAAAUAUGGUUGGGGCACAAGGAUCGAGAGACCCACCACACCGGUUUUUCAGACGCGUUCGAUAUGCUGCGUUGCCCCAGCGAGACGACGCGCCACCCGUUGCAGAGGCGGAAGGGGCAACAGAGACCACACCUUUGAUCUAUCCUGGAGCUCAGGUUAGACAGACUCAAGAGGAGAGUGGGGCUAUUGGGUGGUGGAUGUUGCAACUCGCGCUGGCUGUUGGUGUACCGGUAACUCUAGUUGCCCAUAUUUCAGUGCUGUUGGUGGCAGCAUUGGCACAAACACUCUCUGACGGCAGUCCAGCAAGCACAGUGUACCGUGCCAUUUCCGCUCUCGUCUUUAUGAUGGUGCUUCCCGUCGUCCCUUUCACUUUCAAGGUCCAUUCAUUCGUUGCAACGACAUGCAUUGUCGUCUUCGUCAUAACAACAUUCGCUGGCCUGUCAAUGUUCCCCUUCUCGGCCCAGGAACCACUCAAGGUGUUCUUCCAGCAGACGGUCGCUCUUGGCGACGUCUCCUCGCCGAAUGCGGAAAUCAAGUUGGCUACCAGUACUCUUUUCGGCGCGGAGAAACCUUUCGUACAGGAUUUGUUAAAGAAGAUCCCAAGCGCGCUGGAGACAUCGGCGGAGCUGCAAUGUGUUGCGCGCAGCACGACAAGACUAGGGCUUGUCGGGUGUUCCUGGGAGUCUGAAUUGCUGCCCUUGCCAUCGCCAGGUGAUGGAUUGACGGGGGCAGCAGCGGCGAGAUGGCUGACCGCGAGUGCGACAAGAUUAGGACCAACAUCUGCAAGAUUCGUAUUGGCAGCGAGAAAUUCGCGCGGGUGUCGCGUGUCGUUCACCAAUCGGCGGGUGAAGAGUCAUUUCGUGCAUGGCUCUGACGGGGGGAUGCUACCUCUGGGAUCGUCAGUGAGCGAGGGGUACGCUGAUUUGCGGCUGUGGAGCCGCGAGUGGGAGCGGCCGUUUACAGUGGAUGUUGAAUGGGAAGGGGAAGGAGGCUUGCAGGGUGUUGUCGCUUGCUCGUGGGCUGAGUAUGCGAGUGGGAGCAUCGGCAUCGACGGGACGGGGAGGAUACCCGCUUUCGAAGAGCUGGUCACGUUCUUGCCAACCUGGGCGGCGGUGACCAAGCAGGCCGAAGGUCUCGUCGAGGCAUCUUAUACUUAUUCUGUGUAA